CAAAAAUGGCAGCAGUUCCUGUCAGAGCAGAGUGGAACUUUCCUAUUUUUCUUCCAAUUUUGUCAACUGUCGGAUAAAUUUUCCCCACUACGUUGAUAUUUUGAUUCAACUAAACAUUAGCAGGACUAUAGAGAGUUUGGGCAGCCAUCAGUUGCUGGGUGACUUGGUCCCGGGGCAUCGUGUUUGGUCGGGAGAUCACCGGGCUUCCCACGAAGUUGACGCCGCUCUUCUUUUCUCAGGCUCCCCCUGACAACAGCUCACUGAUCGCGGAACUUUCAGCUCAGCCUGGACAUCGGCGGUAGCUAGCUAGUUAGCUUGCCGGCCGAAGAGCGCCGAAAACAAACCAGCGUCGUCUCGGUUUUUUCCCCUUUAUUUCACCCGCUCGGAGAUCCAGGAGACGUGUCGCGUCACUUGUCAGGGGAAAUAAAUAUCUGGUGUUAGAUGUCAGCACCAGUCAGAGGCGCACUGACUUUCUUCUGCUGUUAUCAUCUAUCCUAGCCAAUCACAUGGAGAAGCUCCAGGAUAUGGGCCAAUCAGAGCUGCAGGAGCUCUUGGACAAUUCAGAGAGGGUGGAGUCUAUGACUCAGGAGUCUGACGAGAUUCAGAAUAUCCAGCUGGAGAGAGAGAUGGCGCUGGCGGCCAAUCGCAGCCUGGCAGAGCAAAACCUGGACAUGAAACCUCGAUUGGAGUCCCUGAAGGAGGCGCUGGUGGCGAGAUACUCUCAGCUGGAGGCCGUCAGAGAAACCUUCAGGCAGCACUGCUCCCAGAGAGAUGGGAUGGUGGGUCAGGUCUCUCCAGAGGCGUUCUUCUCAAGACUACAAACAGAAAGUGAAAAAACAGAGUCUGAGUCAGAGGCUCUGGCCGAUGACUUCCUGGAAGGCUCUCUGUCCUUGGACUCCUUUUUCGAGCGUUUCCUCCUCCUGCGCUCGCUCGCUCACAAAAGACGCGUGCAGAUAGAGAAACUCCAAGAAAUCCUGCGACAGAGGGACAAGAGCAACCCGACCGCCAUGACAUCAACAGCUGGCGUUGCCCCAAACCCCGUCGCCACUGCAGCCUCAUGGAACCUACCGACGACAACAGUGACGACGACAAAUCUGCCGCAGCUGAACUCCAACCCGCCGUCCUCCAGCUACCAAAACUCCUCUCAGUCGGCCUCGUCUUCUGCAGUUGGAGCCUCUGGGCUUCCGUACAGCCCGUACCCUGCUUCCCCUCCCAACCUGCCUGCUGUAGUGGCAGCGGCGGGGCCGAUCCCAAACAAUCCGCCGCCACAGUUCACUCCGUACCCGAGCUCUGGCUCGUCUUUCACCCCUGCCGCGGGCUACUCCGGGCCCAGACCGGCAUUCGGGCCGCCUUCCUCCGUCACCUGCCCGUACCCGACCCAACACCCGUUUCCUGUUCCGCACCCUGGCUCUGCGUUCGGUCAGUACACCCCCAGCCACCCCCCUGCCGGCGGCCCGGCGCCGUAUCCAGCCUCCUACAGCUACGGCGGCUACAGCUACCCGGCCGCGCCGGCGUAUUCCAGUUCUCAGUCUCCAACAGGGAAGCCCAUGUACAGAGCCGGGUACGGCGUUCCCCAGCCGUACUCCUGAAAGCGCUGCUGCUGAUCGGCCUCACACCGCAGAAACACUGAACCUCUCCAAGUAUUUCUGAUGUAGUUUCUACUGCAAAUAUCUUACUACACUUAAAAUAUGACAAAACAAACUUACAAAUAACUUCCCAGUAAAAUAUAGCAUGUUGCUUUAAGUAUUCCUUUAUUGUUGUAAAGAAGUCCUAGUUCAGCUGGCAGAUUAUUUCACUUGUAAGUAGAGGUGCACCGACUGCAGUUUCCUGGCCUGACCUUAUAAAUCCUGACCUGCCAAUUCAGAAUUUGGCUAAUACCAAUUUCUUUUUCUGAAAUGUUGCUAAAUGUAGCAAGAAAGUCACUGAGCUUUCAACAGUAGGGUGAUUAUUGUUACCUGCAAAUGUGCAAACCUGACCUGGUGGGUCAGUCAGUCAAACCUUUCUAAAGGCAGAGCAGCAGAGGACAGAGGCUGAUUUUUAGACCUUUACUGAGGUAGAUAAGAUCGGCUUCACAUGCAUGUAUCAACCGAUCACCGAUAUCCCA